AUGAUAACUUCUCAUGUUGCAGACAGGGAAUCAUGCGACCGGAACACCCUCAGUUCCGUGGUGGAUGACAACAGUUUUGGAUCUCCUACAGCCACGUCAUCCCCUAAAAAGACACCUCGACUUCCAGACAGAUCAAACAGAGUUGAUCUCCCUAUGUGGAUAUUGGUCUUGAAUUGCCAGUCUGUUAGGGAUGGAUCCAAAACAGAAUCAUGGCUAGACAGUGGAAUAAAGUCUGAAGAGGUAUUUCCGGACAACUUCAAACACUAUCGGAAAGACAGAUCAGAUGGUAAACGGGGUGGUGGUGUAUUCAUUCUUGUGGCAGAUAAGUAUAUCAGUAGUAUGCCGGAGGAACUGAAAGUGGAAGGAGCUCAUGAACUUCUCUGGGUCAAGGUCAAAGUGAAAAGUGUCCCAGACCUAUAUGUUGGCUUAUUCUAUCGCCCUCCUACUGCCGCAGAUAGUGGAUACUUGGAGGUCCUCCGCCAGUCCCUGACCCGCAUUCCUAGUAGUGCCCACAUAUGGUUAGGUGGUGACUUUAACCUACCGGAUAUGGACUGGUCAACAGAUAGCCUACAGCCUAGUGGAUCAAACAUCACUCUGUGCAACCAACUGAUCACUAUAGCCAGUGACUUUUCCUUUAAUCAGAUGGUGCACGAACCAACUCGAACGACAGAGACCACAUCAAACAUAUUGGACUUAUUCUUCACGAAUAACCACACUUUGAUCAACAAAUAUGAUGUGAUAUCUGGCAUCCCUGACCACGAAGCAGUGUACGUGGAAUCCAGCUUGCGUGCAGUACGACCAAAGAGACCUCCCAGGAAAGUCUUCAUGUACAGCAAGGCAGAUCUAGAAAAUUUUAGGCAUGAUCUAAAAACCUUCUGCAGUACAUAUACCAAGGCUAUAUCAGAGUUGUCAGUAGAUAGUUGUUGGGAACUCUUCAAGGACACCCUUCUAGGUGUACUGGAAAAGCACAUCCCAUCAAAGCUGAUGUCAGGAAACAAGGUUCACAAGCCAUGGAUCACGAAAGAGGUAAAACGCAAGAUGCGUAAGCGAAACAAGCUUUUUACAAAACAGAAGUUGAAGGAAUCAAUUGGUAACGCAGAGUCUGAUACGCAGCCAAAUAAACAAAUACGCUUCUGGAGGUUUGUGAAUGCCAUGAGGAAGGACAGCAAUGGAGUGUCACCACUAAAGGACAGAGGAGUACUACAUUCUGAUGUAAAAGACAAGGCGGAUAUUCUGAAUCGCCAGUACGAGUCUAUAUUUCCUAGAGAGGAUACCUAG